UCCGAGCUCCCCGAUGAGAUCGGCACGCUGUCCUCCUUGGAGUUUCUCAACCUUGGCAAGAACCCGCUGAGCACGCUGCCGUCCACCUUCGCCGGUCUGACGAGCCUGAAGAUCCUCUUCUUCCUCGGGUGCGAGUUCACCAAGGUGCCCGAGGUGCUCGGCGAGAUGAAGUCGCUGUACAUGCUGUCGUUCAAGGCGAACAAGGUGGAGGAGGUCCCCGCGGCCUCAAUCCCGCAUCGCACCCUCGGGUGGCUCAUCCUCAGCGACAACAACAUACAGUCGCUGCCCGACACGGUGGGCAAGUGCGAGAACAUGCGCAAGCUCCUGCUGGCGGGAAACAAGCUGACCAACGCGGGUCUCCCGGAUAACAUGGCGCACAUGACCCGCCUCGAGCUCAUCCGACUCGCGGAUAACAAUCUCACAGAGGUGCCCGCGUGGAUCGCGUCGCACCCGAGCCUCGCGUGGGUGGCGCUCGCGGCGAACCCCGCCACGGAGGCAUGGGCCGAGGACGCCAACGCGCGAGCCAUGACAUCUGAUGACGUGUCGUCGUCUGAAGGAGCGUCGAAGGUUGACGUGCCAGUCGUGGAUUGGUCGGAGCUGGGCGUGGACGAAGACGAGCCGCCGCUGGGCUCGGGCGCGUCCGGGGCCGUGUACGCCGCGACCGACCGUAACGGCUCGCGAACCGCGGUCAAGGUGUACAACCUCGGGGGUAAGACGUCGGACGGCAGGCCGCGGGACGAGAUGGCCGCGAGCGUGCUGGCGUCGAGGACGGGGUGCCGAAGCAUCGUCCGGACCACGGCGAGGUUCGUUAAAAAUGAGGAGUCCCAGGCGGAGGGAGCGCUACUGGAGGGACUGGUGAUGGAGUACCUCGACCCGGGGGAGUGGCGCUCGCUGGGUAGUCCCCCCUCGUUCGACACGGUCACCAGGGACGUCUACCCGCCGGAGCUCAAGUUGGACGCGGCGGAGGUGGUCGCGGUGGCGCGGGGUUUGGCGGCUGCGGGCGCCGCGCUUCAUACAUGUGGAUGCAUCCACGGCGACAUGUACGCGCACAACGUGCUCUUCAGGUCGUCGAAGUUCAAUGGCGUUCCCGCGGCCAAGCUCGGGGACUUUGGCGCCGCCUUCUUCUACCCGCCGGGGUCUACGAUCGGGAGGGAGUUUGAACGGACGGAGGCGAGGGCGUGG